CUUGGGGGGAGUGGGAGGGUGGGGAGUAUUGAUCAGUUGAGUUUGUGAGAUGGGUUGUUUGAUUUUACUUGUUUCUUUUUCCCCCUUUUUUGGGGAGUUAAAAAUUGGGGGCGGUGUUAGAGAGGCAUGGGUUUGGCGUUUGGGAUUGUUUUUUUUGUCUGCCUUGUUAGUGGUGGUGUGUCGGUGCGUUGGUUGGUUGGUUUGCUUUGGACAGUGUGAGUGAGCGAGAGGGGAGUUUUCUGACAAAAGGAAAUGGAGGGAAACGAAGAAAGAAAGAAAACAUGUGCUUGUUCGGGUUUCUUCUCUUUCUUGUCAUAUUCUCGGUUCUCCCUGUUUAUGUUUGUUUACUUUCUCUGUCUAUCUCUAAACAGCGAUUGUACAUGAUUUGAUCGAUGACAAGGCUGUAUCUUUUUAUUCUUAUACAUAACUGUGUAUCUCAUGUAUGCAUGCAUGUAUGUUGUGCAUUGUGUUGCAUGGGGUUUG